UGCUUGUUGCCCAUUGUCCUGAUGGAUGUUUAUAGUAAAAACGCAGUAGAUUUAAAAUUAUUAACAUUACUUGCUGGUUUUUUUGCCGAAGUGAUAUAAGAUUUUGGAUUUAACGUAACUUAAUUUUUGAGCCUGUAUGUAGAUAUGUUAAAUUCUCCGGCAAUGUUGUUUGUUUACAUUUAUAGCUGCCAUUUUGGUUGCUAUGAGGUUAUAAGUUAUAUUGUGCUUUAUUAAACUUUUAGCUAUUUUCAACUGAUGUAAGCGGGGAAUCCGCAGCACUGAUUGGCUAAAAAGCCUAAACAACGGGCUUUAUACAGCAUGGUAUAACCUUUAACAUUGUAGCAAUUAUAAUGGUAGCUAUAAAUGUAAACAAAUACGAUGACCAAGAGUAAUAUUUCUCGAAAGAGAUAGAUAAAGCAGUUUAUAUUGUAUUUAUUAACUCAUAGCCAUUUUUUUUUUUUUGGGGGGGGGGUGUAAAGACCAGGAUUGUUUUCUAAAGAUUUACCUGUGACGAGGUUGUAAAAACCAGGUUUUGUUAAAAAAAAGAAUAUGUUCGACUUGAAUUCGAAGAGUACGGCAAAGAGUCUCCAUGAACCAAACAAAUUAUACUGUUUAUAAUAUGCUGUUUUAGAAUGUUUCAUUUUAUGUGUUUUAAACAUUAGAGUAUAUAAAGGAGUUAUCCGAUUUCAUUCAUUGUUUUGCUUUAUUCAAACAACAGAUCUUAUUAAAGUUACUUUUUUAUGGUUAUUUAGCGAGGUAAUUUACGUCUUAUUAACCUUUCAGUCCGUCUAUAUUGCACAAUAUAAACCUCUGUCACUCGCAUAAACCUCAUUGCGUUCGGUCCAUACAUCGUGACCUCGGUCUAAAUUUUCCCUUAUAGACCGGCUAAACGGUUACUAUGUCAUUUAAUCUGCACGUUUUGGUUUGAGGACCAAUUAGUAAAAUAUGAUGAGGGUUUUAAAUAUGUUAUAUGCAUUGUCUGUAGAAUAUAAGGAAAUAAGUUGCGCCACAUCAAAGAAAAGUAAUUUAAGGAAGGUGAACCGAUAUCUGGAAUUUCAUUAGGUAAUUUUGGCUAAAAAGAAAGUUACUAAAAUAAAAAUAUAAAGAGCAUAUUUUAAAUGAAACUUUUUGCCAAAUAAUCACAAGUAUUUCAAUUAAAGUAACCUGGUUCUUUUUAACCAUUCUUGUGUUUAGCACAUUUUAUUACUACACAAAGGGUUUGUUGAUAAAAAGAGGUUACCUUUGCAUUUUUCCUCACGAUAAACCUUGUAUUGUAAAUAGGUUUACCAAGUUAUAGCAACAGAGACUUCAAACAUCAAAAAUGUAAACCAUGGGGAGAUAUCUUAACAUGAAAAUAUGAAUUGACAUACAGGGUACAUGUAUGUGUAGAAUCUGCAGAACUUAUUCAAAAUUCGUCUCGAUUAUUUAGGACUUUGCCUUGAUUACCCCUGAAAUAAUAUGUUGAUGUAAUUAAAACACAUAUGUGCGUUCGUUUUAUACCAACAGGCCACGUUUUAAUUAUAAUAGCAAUAUAUAGUCAUGACGUCACAAGAAUGAGAAAUUUGAAUAAUAGUUAUUAAAUUAGACAACAAUUUUCACGUGAAGUUCCUUUUUUCCGAAUGUUUUGCAAUAUACCUCCUGCUCCACAAUUAUUCUCUCCUUUUUAAUAUCCCGUUUGUUUCUUUCAACUUGCAUGCUUAUCGCAAUGCAGUGUAUUCGUAUUUAAUUCAAAAGAAUUUUAAAAGAAGGUUAAAGCAAUCUUUUCACUGAAAACUGCAGGAAGAACCGGACUUUAGAAUAAAACAGUUUUUUUAAAUAUAUAUUCACAUUAGGAAACUAUUUAACAUGCACCGGCUUGCUAUAAUUUUUGAAAUGAUGAUAAAGUCAAAAGUAUUUUUAGUUUUUUACAGAUUAAUUUACUAUCCCAUCAGUGUAGAAAAGUUUUUAUGUGAAGCAUCAUCGUUUGUUAAAUACAAGAAAAAAUGACAAUUCAUUGGAAGAGAAAUGUGUUUAUCUUCAUUAACCUUGUGAAUGUGAUAAAAUACGCAACAGCAACUUGCAUUAAUGGAAAGAAGAAUGGGGAGAGCUGGACAGAGAGUUGCAAAGCUUGUUAUUGUUCAAAUGAUAAAAUUAUAUGUAAAACGCUUUGCCGUCGACGUGAUCCAACAGAAUUCCUUCAACGGCAGUCUAUGCGUUCUAACGAUCAAGUAAAACCAUCUAAGCCAGCAUUACUACACGGCGCGUGUUCCCAUGACAACAUUCAGCGUAAACACAACGAGACAUGGAAUGAAGUGGGACAACAUGCUAGUUCACUCGAUGCUACUAAAGAAUGUAUGCAAUGUAAUUGCAAUAAAGGCAAUGUAAUAUGCACUAUACGACAAUGUGCGCCAACCACAUGUUUAAAUCCCAUAAGAAGGGAGGGUACUUGCUGCCUUGUUUGUCCAGAUGACGUAAAAGAACAAUCAGCAACAGAUGUGUGUUACGAAUCUGGAUCAGUUUUCACUGAAUCUACCACAUGGAGAAUGUAUCUGCCAUCAGGUGAUAACCGUGUCCGCUGCCUGGAAUGCACCUGCAAGAGGGAAGAUGACGGAGAGUUACAUAUAGUCUGUCCCAAACACUCAUGUCCACAAUUAUCAUGUGCAGAUGUCGUUGGAAAACCUCGACAAUGUUGUGGAAAUUGUAAAGACGGUGCAUCAGUAGUAUCAAAUACAACGACAAAUCAUAAAGAAGAUGAAGAAUCAUAUUUACCCUUUACCUUUUUAUUUAAUAACAAGCCUAUUCCCAAUCCAUCUCAGAACAAAAGAAAAAAGAAAAUCAUAUUAACCAAGAAAGGAGAGAAAGAUUGCUCACUCGAUAAUACGAUCUAUAAAGACGGUGAAACGUUUAUGCCAUAUGGUGGUUGCAUACGAUGCCUUUGUCAGAACUCACACGUUAGUUGCAGUAAAGUUAUGUGUAGGAGAGAUGGUAAUUGCAAGCAUCCAGUAAAACGAUCGGGGUUGUGCUGUCCGGUUUGUCCAGGUGUUUCAACCUCCGAAGCAAAAAUUCAAGAGCAAAAAAAUAUCUUUGCUAUAACUAACAGGAACAAAGGUUGUUCCAGCAAAAGCCGAAUCAAAGUUUACGAACAUCAAUCUGUCAAGAAAGAUUCCAGCACACUUAGAAGACUUUAUUUAUUUGAUCGAACAGCAAUCGGCCAACCUGCAGAAAUGCAUUCCUGGGUGCUACAGGGUGAUAAGACUGAAGUCAUUGUUUCUGAGAUACUGGACGCCCGAUUAAUGGCAAACUGGACAUACCUUGGCUCUAUAAAAGAGAAAGUCCUCAAACGAAUACUGCGACACGUGGAAGAAUUAAAGCAUCUAACUGGGCGAUUAUUAUGCAUAAAGAAAAUAUCCUGGUUGCAGAAUCUUAUAAAAGAGAGAUCAGCCAAGAGAAAACGUGUUUGCAAAUCUAUUCCUUCAACGAACUUUGAAACGAGAGGUAUAUUUAAAUCCUUAAAAGAGGGAGAAUAGAACGUAUGUAUAAAAAAUGGACGUUGCAUUCACUUUAUUUGUAAAACUGCAUAAAUUGUUAAUAAAUUUAAUAACAUUAAGAUAAUAAAAAAUGUAGUUUUUUUUAUUAACCAAUAGAAGUUGUGAACAGUUAGCAAAUCACCUUGCAUUUACGUGGUAGCUAUUAACAUUGACUCCGAUUGCUCGCAUCUAAGCGAGUAAACAACUGGACGACCACACA